AUGACGAUCCAAGACGUUCGUCAAGCGCUGGACGCUCCGGCCUUGACCAAGUACAUCCAGUCGCAGCUAGGCGCUUCUCAUGGACCAAUCGCGGCCAUCACGCAGUUCCAGCACGGCCAGUCCAACCCCACGUACCUCGUGACGAUGGCUGACUCCAAAGCCAAAUGGGUGCUCCGCAAGAAACCACACGGUCACCUGUUGCCGUCUGCCCACGCUGUCGAGCGCGAGUUUCGAGUCUUACAAGCUCUGGAGCAUUCGGGAGUGCCAGUGCCGCGGACGGUGCUCCUGUGUGAAGAUCCUGACGUCAUUGGAACGACCUUUUACCUCAUGGAAUACGUCCCCGGUCGGAUCUUUCAGGACCCGUCGCUGCCUGGUGUCAAGCCAAUGUACCGCUAUGCCAUGUACAGCUCGGCACUGGAUGCACUGGCAAAGCUGCACGGAGUGGACUACAAGGCCGUUGGAUUGGCCGACUUUGGCAAGCCAGAGAAGUACUGUCAUCGAGUGGUGGCUCGAUGGAGUCGACAGGUACAAGGGGGACGCAAGGUACUUGCACAGGCAGGAGUAAAGGAGAACGAGAAGAUGGUCCAAUUGCAACACUGGCUGGAACAACAGAGUGAUGAGGCGGAGAAGGCGACGGUGAAGUUGAACGGAGAUGGAGGAGCUGCUUGUCUCGUUCAUGGAGACUUUCGGCUUGACAAUGUGGUUUUCCACCCAACCGAGCCAAGAGUACUGGCGAUUCUCGACUGGGAAUUGUGCACGGUGGGAAACCCAUUUGCCGAUGUAGCGACAUUAGCUUCAGCAUACAGAUUGCCGAUGGACAACUCGAACACGAUCAUGACUCCAGGAUUGUCGGACGCCCCGCUGAAAAAGCUCGGUAUUCCGUUGGAAUAUGAUUUGUUGCUUGGAUACUGUCGUCGGGCCAGACGUUACCCGCUACCUACUCGGACGUGGAAUUUCUUCAUCGGCAUGGUCGUAUAUCGCUUUGCUGCAAUCAGUCACGGAGUUUACGCUCGCGCGUUGCUGGGCAAUGCGUCAUCAGCAAACGCUAUGUGUGCGAUCACGACAAUGGAUCGGCUACUGGCACUGAGCGACGUGAUCAUGGACGCUUCAGCUGACAUUUACCCCGAUCCAGAGUUAGCACUUACUCUGCCGUUUCUGAUUCGUCCGCAUGCUUUGCUUGUCUAUAAGAAGCUGCGUAAGUUCUGCCAGACUCGCGUGUACCCCGCAGAGCAUGUGCACCUGGACCAAAUUGCCAAAGCACGGGAAGAUGGUUGCGUGUGGAAUGUUGUGCCAUCCAUCACCGAGGAGCUCAAGGCCGAAGCCAAAGCGCUUGGGCUCUGGAAUCUCUUUCUGCCUCCUUGUGUGAUUCCUGCACUCGAUGGCAAGGGACCCGAUGCCAAGUACGGCGGAGACUUGACCAACCUCGAGUAUGGGCUCAUGUGUGAGGUGAUGGGGCGCUCGAUUAUGCUCGCACCGGAGGUGUUCAACUGCUCGGCACCUGAUUCUGGUAAUAUGGAAAUUCUUGCUCGUUUCUGCACUACGGAACAGAAGCAUCGGUGGCUCGUGCCUUUGCUGAACGGAGAGAUCCGUUCGUGUUUUGCGAUGACUGAAAAGCGCGUAGCGUCGUCUGAUGCCACCAACAUCGAAACGAGUCUUGUGCGAGAUGAAGAGCACCAGGAGUACGUGAUCAACGGACACAAGUUCUACAUUUCCGGAGCGGGUGAUCCACGUUGCAAGCUCAUCGUUCUCAUGGGCAAACACGCUGAGCGGGCGCACGAGAGUGCAUUCAAGCAGCAGUCCAUUAUCCUUGUGCCGAUGGAUACACCAGGCGUGCACGUUGUGCGACCAAUGCACGUGUUUGGCUACGACGACGCACCGCACGGACACAUGGAAAUGGUGUUCAAAGACGUCCGCGUUCCAUUUGGCAAUCUACUGCUGGGCGAAGGUCGAGGCUUUGACAUCGCCCAGGCACGUCUUGGACCCGGCCGCAUUCACCACUGUAUGCGCACAAUCGGCGCAGCGGAGCGCUGUCUUGAGCUAAUGGUGCAGCGUGCCAAGACACGCGUCGCUUUCAAGCAAUUGCUGGCUGAGAACUCGCUCGUGUGUUCCCAAAUUGCCAUGUCGCGCUGCGAACUGGACAGUGCGCGACUACUUACUCUACAGGCAGCACAUCAAAUGGAUACACACGGCAACAAGGUCGCUCAGCAGGCCAUUGCAAUGAUCAAGAUCGUGGCACCUGCUAUGGCACUAAAUGUCUGUGACCGGGCGAUCCAGCUUCAUGGCGCUGCGGGCGUCAGUCAGGACUUUAUUUUGGCGUACUUGUACGCAGCAUUGCGUACGCUUCGCAUCGCCGAUGGACCUGACGAGGUACAUAUGCGCACUAUUGCCAAGCUUGAGCUGAGCCAGUCGAAACUGUAG